AUGAUAACCUCAUCCUUCUGCUGGAAAAGUCCUCGGCAUGCGUUCAAACAGGCCAGAUCCUGUGUAUGAGUCUCAAGCCCGCAAGUACCGGUCUAAACGGCAACGACCCUGUGACAUUUGUAGACAGCGCAAAACCCAGUGCAAGAUCCCCGGAUCUGGUGGAGCGUGUGAGCUUUGCGACAAACUCGGGCGCAGCUGUACAUUUGUCUUGCUGCCUCUGAGAAAGGAGCGAUGGCCUCCAGAACAGUCAAGUUCGGCGUUGCAACAACCAUCGCGUCCCUCGGAGACUUUUCCAACAGAGCAGCAUCGUGCCACGCAAUCUGAUUUCGACGCCCGCCAUAGCGACCCUAUGGCCAUCGAUGUCAGCGCUUUCGAGAACUCAGUCUUAGAAUUUGAUAUUGAUGCCGAUUCGCACCCAUUGCUACCUGUAUCUGACCAGCUGUCGUCGUUGGGCCAGCGGGUCCCGGAGUCACAGGGCGGCAGUGCUAUCGAUUGGUCGUACCUCAACUUUCCCAUCUCCCCUUUGAAUAACGACUUCGAACUCUCAAGUCGAAUGUCGGCAGUCAAUGACGGCUCACCCCAGGCAUUUCGACCGGAACACGUCUCGCCAGUAUUGUAUCAAACACAUGCGCAACGUGGGGAUGGUGCAGCUGGCAUCAGCUCGAGUGAUCAAGAUGAUAUGCCCGAGGAUCUACCACCGGACAAGCAAGAAGCUCCGAGAAAUGGAGAGUGGUCAAGCGAGUUCUCCCUUGAUGAACGCCCUGGUUAUUCCUCCCAACUUGUCGGCUUAUCAAGUGAGACUGAUCCGUUCCUUCUACGGCACUACCAGUACGAUAUGCGAGACACGUUUCGGAUGUUUGCACUUGAUUUUCGUAAAGUCACGGACGACAUGAACAUGCCAGGGCCUCUCGCUUCACCUCAACCAUCACAUAUUCCUGUCACUGACAUACCAGUCCAAUUUGUCAUGACCGACGAGGAGAUCUGCAAAGAGGAUGUCAAAUCAAUCGACACGGACUUUGCAGGGUUCAGUACUGAAGCUGAAGACCAUGCUUUGCUAUACGAGAUUGUUCCCAUUGACUUGGGCUCAAGACUUCUAAAACUCUUCUUUAAAUUUAUUCAACCAUCAUAUCCGGUUCUCUCGUCGCACGACCAUAAUGGUGAGUAUCGAAAUUGCAACUGUUCAACGGGCUUGAGAGCAGCGGUCUACGCGCUAGCCGCGCCAUAUUACUUCCUCGAUGACUAUCUCUCCGUGGACAGAGGGUAUCAGCAACCUUCCACAGAAAAGCUCUGGGGCAUAGCUCAUCGUGGCUUGCAGCGGGAUUCCCGGAAGUCUCAUAUAGGGCUUGUGCAGCUUAGCCUGUUGUUGUUGCAUCGGCCUCCGCAGAAUUAUGCUGUCGCCGACAACCCAAGCUCGUGGGCCCUGGCGUGUUCUGUACUCGCUGCAGCAGAGACCUUCGGACUGAAUCUGGACCCUUCAGAUUGGAAGCUUCCUUCACACGAAGUCAGGCUGCGGAAGAGGCUGUGGUGGCUUGUUCACGUCGAGCAUACCUGGCGCGCUCUAGUCUCAGGACGGCCAUCUCACAUCGCCGCCUCCAAUUGGGAUGUCUCUGAGUUGACUGCAGAUGAUUUCGACCUUGAUGACAUUGCAGAUCCGGAAGCUCGCAGCUGUGUUCAAGCACAGAGCCCUUAUUUUAUGGCUCUUUGCAGCCUGAGUACGAUUGCUAGCGAAAUACUUGACGCUCUUUAUUCCAUCAAGUCGAUCCGUCAAGCUACCACCCUGGAGGCACUUCUAGCCCGCGCACAUCCAUUGAGGAUGAUGAUCCAACAAUGGCGACAGAAACUACCUCCGGAUGUCUUAAAGCCGACCAAAGAGCUGAUGGAGGAUGAUGGCCUCGACAACUGUGGUCCACUCCGCCUGACGUAUUUGACGCUGGAGUUACUGGUUUUCAGGGCACUUCUUCGUCCACUGGCUUACCAGCCGGGAACAAGUGAGCAGGCAAUGUCAGAACCGCGGUCUACCAUCUUUCAAAAUAGCCAAUCAUGUGCCAAGCUUGUUCUGGAGUUGGUGGCAGCUCUCAAGGCAAAUCACUUUGUCAAUUUCUGGCCUUCGUAUACGAGGGAUCAACUGUCGUACAUGACGAAUUUUGCCCUUCUUCUCUUUGUGCAGUCGCCGUCAAUAGCUAUGGCGAAAGAGAACAAGCUUCUCCUGGACAAAUGGCGCAUUACUGCCCGGAUGCAGUCGCGGGCCUGGCCUGUUCUCAAACUGGCAGUCAUGCGACUUGACGCUGUAGUUUGGAAAGGAUUGGAUCACAUCGUGAGUUGGGCUGGAAAAGGCAGUCCGGCGGAACUACUGCUGAGGAAAACGGACAACGGCUAAAGGCUGCUGUUCUGGAAUUAUUGAAGUGGCAUAAGAAGAGACACGGGGAUUGCAUCCGAGAGCUUGCGCUUGUUCAAUGACUACGGCAAUAACGGCGUCUGCGGGCCCGCAGUCCGCAUUGUUGGAACCAAGGGUGAGAUCCAGGUCUGGCCGCCGCUCUAUCGCCCCACCCGCAUAUAAUUCCCUGAGGCUGCGUUUCUGUCGUAAGUAACACUCCUUGCAGAAUCAUGAAUGCCUACCCAAAGCUUCGAUCACACUAUAAUACUCCGUAUAUCUACGAAGACUGGUACGAGGGAUGGUUCGGGUAUUUGAGUUGAGAACCGUCCAUUGAAUGGACCUGGGAACUGAGGGUGCCCCGGUCCGGAUAGAAACAACCGGCGAUACACAAAGGCUCCCGUCUCCUGGAGUCGGAAUCAUCCCCGUAAAGUUCUGAAAACGCUGCGACUAGAGAACAAGGCCAUUCUAUAGGUACAAGGUAGCCUCCAGGAAAAAUAAAAGAAGGAGCCCGAGGAAGGGAGACGGUAAAACCGCUUUUCAGGGACGGUCCAAAAAUCGUACCCUGUUCUGCAAAAACGCAGAAAAGGGGAUUCGAGGAAGGAGAGGAGGCAAGGGCGGAGCCGAGUCGCCAUGUCGACGCCCCGUCCGCCGACGGAAAAUCCUAGUCACGGGUGGGACAAUCAUCGUACAAUCCGAGUGGCAGGUCCAGCGCGAGGAUGCGUCGCCGGUCGAUGUGGAAAAGUGGACAAAGUUGAGUGAAGGGUGACGAGAAAGUG